AUGUUUGACUUUUACGAAGGAAAGCUGUCGUUUGAAGAAGUUGUCGCCGUUACUGGCAACGUAUUCGGAAGUACUGUAAGAACCGCUCUUACUUUUGAGUUUACUUUUAGCAUUUGGAAUACUGUAGCUUUGUGAGUAAUAUAACCUUUACAGAGUAAUAUAGAAGAUUUCGAAAACAGUGACUUUGCCAAAUACGUUGGCCAAACAGACAUGUUGGUGAUGAAUGCAGUAACAGAAUUACAACUACAUGGGAUGAAAGUAGGGUUACUCACUAACAAUGGCUACUGGUCGAAGGCCAAAAAACGGUCGAUGAUAUUCCCAGAAGCAAAUCAAUUUGACGUGGUUGUAGAAUCUUGUAGAGUCGGCUACAGAAAACCUCAACCUGAGAUCUACAGAGUAAGUUGGUAAUAAGGAGCUGUAUUAUAAAACGUUAUGAUAUAAUGCUAAUUGACUAUAGUAAUUUUAUUAGUUCUUUAACAACAUACUGUAACUCUUAUUUUUAUUACAUAAAAAAAGCUUAGUCUAUGAUAUUGUAUAUUGUAUACUGUAACUUCAGAAAAUGCUGAACAAGCUCAACGUACUGCCUACAGAAUCCAUAAUGGUUGAUGACUCCCCACUAGUACUAGAAGGUGCUCAGCUGCUAGGAAUGAGUCCAGUGCUAGUGGAAAAUCAAGAUACUCAAAAGGCUUUGGAUGACGUUUAUAAGCUACUGAACGGCCAGAAAAUCAAUGAUAUUGAUGACAUUGCACAUGAAGGAUGGAGGAAAAGCGCUUUCGCUUAA